GCGUGGCCUGGUGUCCCGCAGCUUUAGCGGGUCGCGCUGGAGCGGAGGUGGAGGCGGAAGUGGCGGUGCCGGGUCCGGAGUGUAGGAAGGAGCAGGGGCUGCAGCCGGAGUGGAGCGGCUGCCAGCCGAGGAGCAGGCGCGACUGCGGCGCCAUAUUGCGGCCCAUUGCGGCCGCAUCAAGUCAUGGCCGAGACGUACGACUUCCUCUUCAAAUUCCUAGUGAUUGGCAGUGCAGGAACUGGCAAAUCAUGUCUUCUUCAUCAGUUCAUUGAGAAUAAGUUCAAGCAAGAUUCCAACCACACGAUUGGCGUGGAGUUUGGAUCCCGAGUGGUCAACGUAGGUGGGAAGACUGUGAAGCUACAGAUUUGGGACACUGCUGGCCAGGAGCGGUUUCGGUCAGUGACACGGAGUUACUACCGAGGGGCAGCUGGAGCCCUGCUGGUCUACGAUAUCACCAGCCGGGAGACAUACAACUCACUGGCUGCCUGGCUGACUGACGCCCGCACUCUGGCCAGCCCCAACAUCGUGGUCAUCCUCUGCGGCAACAAGAAGGACCUGGACCCUGAGCGCGAGGUCACUUUCCUGGAGGCCUCCCGCUUUGCCCAGGAGAAUGAGCUCAUGUUCCUGGAAACGAGCGCGCUCACAGGUGAGAACGUGGAGGAGGCUUUCCUGAAGUGCGCCCGCACCAUCCUCAACAAGAUCGACUCAGGUGAGCUGGACCCUGAGAGGAUGGGCUCAGGCAUUCAGUAUGGUGAUGCGUCCCUCCGCCAGCUGCGGCAGCCUCGGAGUGCCCAGGCCGUGACCCCUCAGCCCUGCGGCUGCUGAGACCUGCAGAGCCAGCUCAUCUGUUCUCCAGGACCAGCCCUGCCCUUCCAGCUGGGGCCCAGACCCAGGCCCCAGGAGGCCAUGCCCCAGUCCCGGAGAAGCUGCCCGGCCACCUGUCCUCCUUCCCUGGCCUGGUGGGGCCUGGCUUUGGGGCAAGACUGAGCCACAGGGGAAGGGGGAACUCAUACCUGCUGCUGCUUCCUCUGUCUCGGCUAACCUCUGUCCCCCCUGAACCCGUAACCAUACCCUAAGAGCUCUCAAAGCUUGAGAUCAAGGCCAUUUGGCUCUGGCUUCCCACCUGGCCCUGCUGUUUCCAGUGCGUGUUAUUUAUUACCUAGAGGCCUGUCCCACCCCACCCCCAUAAAGCAUUGUUUACACCCGUG